UGACUUCCGAGUUGAGUAUAGAAGUCGGUGACAAGCAGUUAUUACGGUAACAGAGAAUACAAGCAUUGACUUUUUUAAUUAUUACUUAGCGUUCGUAUUAUAAGUAAAUGGCAGUAUAAAACAAAAGUAAUUAUUAUUCGCAAUUGGUUAUAAGCAGUGAGUGCGAAAAUGACGCUCACAAAUAGGAUGGAAAUAGAUGAAAAGACUGCGAAGGGAGAAGGUUUUAAACCUUAUUACAUUACCAAAAUCGAAGAGCUGCAGUUAAUUGUAGCAGAGAAAAGUCAAAAUUUAAGGAGGUUACAAGCGCAACGUAAUGAGCUUAACGCGAAAGUGCGCAUGUUGCGAGAGGAAUUGCAACUUCUUCAAGAACAAGGAUCAUAUGUUGGAGAAGUUGUCAAACCAAUGGAUAAAAAGAAGGUCUUGGUUAAAGUGCAUCCUGAGGGCAAAUUUGUUGUGGAUAUUGACAAAAACAUUGAUAUCAACGAUGUAACUCCAAAUUCAAGAGUUGCAUUGCGUAAUGAAAGUUAUACUCUGCAUAAAAUCUUACCAAAUAAAGUCGAUCCACUUGUUUCUCUUAUGAUGGUUGAGAAAGUACCAGAUUCUACAUAUGAAAUGGUUGGUGGCUUAGAUAAACAGAUUAAGGAAAUUAAAGAGGUUAUAGAACUACCUGUUAAACAUCCUGAAUUAUUUGAUGCUCUUGGAAUUGCUCAACCUAAAGGAGUUCUUUUAUAUGGACCACCAGGUACAGGGAAAACUUUAUUGGCAAGAGCUGUUGCUCAUCAUACAGAAUGUACCUUUAUUCGUGUAUCUGGUUCUGAAUUAGUACAAAAGUUCAUUGGCGAAGGUUCGCGUAUGGUUCGUGAACUUUUCGUAAUGGCAAGAGAACAUGCUCCAUCUAUAAUAUUCAUGGAUGAAAUAGAUUCAAUUGGAAGUUCUCGUAUUGAAUCGGGAUCUGGAGGAGAUAGCGAAGUUCAACGAACUAUGCUUGAAUUGCUCAACCAAUUGGAUGGUUUCGAAGCAACAAAUAAUAUAAAAGUUAUCAUGGCGACAAACAGAAUUGAUAUAUUAGAUCCUGCUUUAUUGAGACCGGGACGUAUCGAUCGUAAAAUUGAAUUUCCGCCACCAAAUGAGGAAGCGCGUCUCGAUAUUUUGAAGAUCCACUCGAGAAAAAUGAACUUAACUCGUGGUAUUAAUUUAAGAAAAAUUGCAGAACUUAUGCCUGGUGCAUCAGGGGCUGAAGUGAAGGGUGUGUGUACAGAAGCUGGCAUGUACGCUCUUAGAGAACGUCGCGUUCACGUUACUCAAGAAGAUUUUGAAAUGGCUGUGGCAAAAGUUAUGCAGAAGGAUUCAGAAAAGAAUAUGUCGAUCAAGAAGUUAUGGAAGUAAUUGAUUGUACUUUCUGUAUUUCAUUAUUUCUAUAUUGUUUGCAUUUUUUGUAACUCCAUGUAACUUCAAUUGAAAUGUGUAUGAGAAAUAAAGAUUAUAGUUAUAAGAACAAAGGAAUAA